CAAUAGGGCUGAGACAUGAGAUCAACUCGAAUUUAUUUUACAUCCAUCUAUGUCAACUUGUUUUGUAAUGCCAGCGAGAUUCAUCGCAAGAGACAUACCAUGGAUUCUGGACAAAUAGAUCAGCAACUUGCACAAGAUCUAGAGCUGGAGCGCCAAAAAGGCAAGAUUCAACAGGAAAUAUUCCAGAAGAGUGAGAUGUGUUGGGACAUGUGUGUUGGCUCAAUGUCUGCCAAGUUUGAUGGCAAGACGGAGAGUUGUAUCGUGAACUGUGUGGAGAGAUAUGUGGACACCGCUGUAGCGAUCCAAAAACGCUUUCAGGAGAAACUGUCAAUGGGACGGAUGUGAUAAUGGCAUUAGAAGCUGAAGACUUAAGAAUGAAUUUGUCACAUUUUGAUAUGAGGCAUUAUUAUGAAUACCUUUGGGCAAUUUAAGUACAUGUACUUUACCUAUUACAUAUUUUACAUCAUUAUUGGAGUACAAUUUACCAUACAUGUAAACUGUACAGAAGGUUGUAAAAAGGUCUCAUGACAUUGUAAAUGAAGCAUUAAAAUAUCUAUGUAUUCAAUGAAA